GAAGCCAUCUUCAAUCUGAAACAAGGUACUCUUAGUGUUUCUCAGUACUACUCGAAGCAAAGAGCCUUGUGGGAUCAACUAGCCAACUAUAGGUUUAUCCCUGAUUGUGAAUGUGGAAUCACCUGCCAUUGUGUCUUAGCUACCUUGCGUAAGGAUCAUAUGAAUGACAAGGUUAUUCGUUUCUUGAGGAAUCUCAAUGAUAGUUUUAAUGGUCCUCGCUCUACUGUGAUGCUACUUGAUCCCUUACCUCCCAUCAAUAAGGUGUUUGCAAUGAUGGUGCAACACGAAAGGGAAAACGGUUUAUUGCCAAAACCUCAGCCUGCUCAUAACCCUGCUUCAGAAAGCAUGGCGUUCUUCACCAAGGCAGCUGGACAGCAUCUGGGUGUUCAGGGUGCUGGUCAGGGGUUCAAGAAGCAAAGUAAGAAACCUGUAUGCACUUUUUGUGGCUACACUGGUCACACAGAAGAUGUCUGUUACAAGAAGAAUGGUUACCCUCCUGGGUAUCAAUCCAAGAAGAAACAAAUGCCUUCUCGCCAAGCCAACAGUGUUUCUAUUGAUCAGGGUUCUUCCACCAAUGGUGCAGUUAUGAUCAAUCACUCUGACUGGCAGAGUUUCCAACAGCAGUAUCAGAAGAUGCUCAGUUUCAUGACUCCUUUUACCCAACAGCAGAAUGUUGGUACCAAUGGCCAUUCCUUUGGUCAGUUUCCUGCUCCAUCACAGCAGCAGCAGCAUUCUCUCCCUGCACCAGCUGCUUUUCAGGAUGCUUAUCCUACUAAUAACCCCUCUCACUACUCAGCAUCAAAUGAUAGUGAAGGUUCUGGUCAUCACAACAUGAUCAGCAGGGCCAAUUCUGUUGCAUCUCAUGUCUUUGAGACUGCUGAGCCCUCAGGCCUACCCCAGUUUGAAAAUGAUUGGAACAGCUAGCCUGCUGGAAGGACUGUACAUUCUACAUAGUCCAUCUCAAACUAAUCAACUACAGCAGAAUCUGAUCCUUCAGACUACUCAACCAUCAUCACACAGAGUUGCUUUUUCUUCACAAAAGUCCAUUGAUGUAUGGCACUAUAGACUUGGUCACAUACCAACCUGUAAACUCAAGCAAAUGCAGAACAUAGAUAGUACUGUUUCUUUCCAUUCUGAUUCCCACUGUACUGUAUGCCCUCAAGCAAAAUUGAAGAGGCUACCUUUUCCUACUAGUACAAGUACAACUCAGAAUGUUUUUGACAUCAUUCAUGUUGAUAUAUGGGGCAAUGCUCCAGUUAAGUCUUU